AUGAGCUCAACCAUCGACGUAUCGCAAUGUCCCCCCGGCAACUCGGACCUCUACGGCGUCGGCGUCCGCGUCGGCCUCUACGCCCAAUGGACCGCGACCCUGCUGGCGACGCUCUUCGAGCCCCGCACGGAAAGCACCUACCGCAUCGCCAACCUCAUCAUCCAGACGUCCAUCUUCAUCGGCCUCUGCACCCAGUCGCGCCCCGGCGACUCCCUCAUCGGCGCCGUCGUCACGCAGUACCUGCUCUUCGGCUCGCUGUCCAGCCUCACCGGCGACGGCAUCAGCCACUUGAGCCACUUCUCCGGCAUCUUCCGCGUCGUCUUCUACACCGCCGUCUCCUCGUACGGGUGCUGGUUCUGGUUCCGCGGCAUCGACGACAUGUCCGUCGCCGCGUGUCCUCAGCACGUUGCCUUCUUUGGGAGGGUUAGUCUAUACGGCUGGUUUCGCACGCUGGGCAAGGUCUUGGCCGUGGUUGGGGUGGUGCUGUGCGUUGCUUCGCUCGUCUGGAGCGUGUAUGCGACCACGGCGAGGUUCAACAAGGGCAUUCGCGAGGGCUUCAAGAGGAGGGACAAGGCGCGGCCGCAGGUUGAGCUGGCGCUGCUGGUGCUGUCGAUGGCGCUGAUAGGCAUGUCCAUCUACCUCGUCGAGCACCUUAUUACGGUGAACGACAUCCAGGAUGUGGGCAUUGACGAGAUUGGGACCGUUGGGCAGUUGAUUCCGCUGCUUGCGGGAGGGCUGGCGUGUGGACUGACGGCGUGGAGGGUGGUGACUCACCGGCUGUUUAUGAGGCCGAGGUGCUGGUUCUUGUUUGGUUAUCAUCUGUAG